AUGACAUAUACAUUCAAAGUAUGUUUUGAAGGUGAUGUUAGAAGAUUCUCAUUUGAAGGUCAACCAGCAUUUGCUUCACUCUCUCAAAAGCUAACGGAGCUAUUCAGUUUGGUUGAAUCGUUCGUUAUUACCUAUCUCGACGAAGUCGGUGACAACAUCACCAUAUCAAGUGACGAAGAGUUGGAAGAAGCAUUCAUCUUCCUACAGGAAACACAACAAUCUAUCUUGAGAUUAUCUGUUGUACCAAAGAUCAAUUUCAAUCAAUUCAUUAAUAACAAUAACAAUAGCAAUAAUAAUAAUAAUAAUAAUAAUAAACCAAAUAGUAAUAAUAAUAAUAAUAACAAUAAUAAUAAUAAUAUUAUUAAUAGUAAUGGAUUAGAUUCAUUAUUUGUAUCGUUGUUAUCUAAUCAAUUCGUACAACAAAUGAUACCACAAGUUAUCAAUAAUCUGGCAACCAAUCCUGCUUUGAUGACUUCACUGAUACAAACUACAAGUACUGCCUUAAGAUCAAAUAACAAUAACAAUAACAACAACAACAAUAAUAAUAGUAAUUUAAAUAACAACAAUAAUAGUAACAAUCAAAGUAAUAACAAUAAUCAUGGAAGUAAUAGUAAUUUUCAUACAUCAAUAGAUACAAUGGCAAUUUUAAAUUCACCAAACUAUACUAGUAAUAAUAGUAAUAAUAAUAGUCAUCCAAUUUUAAUUAAUGUACCUGUCGCAAAUGGUUCGAAUUCACAAAGAAAUUCUGUUAAUUUAUCUUCAUCUCCUUCUUCCUCGACCUCUUCAUCUUCCUCAUCCAAUUCUUCUUCGAUUCCACAACAUCAACAACAACAUCUACAACAACAAACAAGCAAUGUAUCAUCAUCUCCAUCGUCAUCACCAUCAUCAUCAACCUAUAGUUCAUUAGAUGCGAAAUCUUUCGAAGAACUAUCGAAUUCACCAAAAGAUAUGUCACCACUGGCAACUGCAUUGGCAAACGAACAGCAAAACAAUCCUACUACUGCCAGCACUUCAACCACAACAAAACAAACAAAAUCGAAUCCAAUAUUUGGUGUACCAAAGAUAUUCAAUAACAUUCCAUUCCCAUUCUCUGCUCGUGCCGAAAAGAAAGAGGAACCGAUUGUCAUCCAAGUUCCAGCAUCCGCUCCACCAAGCUCCUACAACAUGCCACCACAACAACCUUAUAUUCCCCAACAACCACAACAGCAACAACAACAUUCACCAAUACAACAAGCAUACAUUCCACCAACAGUAGGUGUCGUACCCAACCAAACCAAUCCGAUUGCCAACAAACCAAUGGGUGAUCCACUGCAACACACGCUCUACCCAAUCCGUCCACACCAAAUUCCAAACUCACCACAAAUACAAUUCCAACCAUUACCACCACAAUACCAACAACACCAACAACAACAAUCGUCACCACUUCAACAAUAUCACCAUCAAGAACCAAUCUCUAUCUUGCAACAAACUCAACAACAAACACAACCACAACCACAACAAUAUAUGCCACCACUUCCUACUCAACAACUCCCAGUACAACAACAAAACUUGGUCAUGUCACAAGAGAAAGUAUCGAUACUGGUCGAUGCCCUAAGAAUAACAGAGCAAAGAGCAAAGGAGAUGUUGAGCAAGCAUAAUGGAAAUAUUGAAGAGGCAAUGAUUAUGGAAUCAGAAUAA